CUCAUGGCAACAAAGAGACUAGAGAGGAUUUAAAGAAGGCUACCGCCCGAGAGCUCUGGUACGUGUCAGAGAUCUACAACUGGCUUGGGCGGCCGCGAUUUCUUCGCACGCCUGCUAUGGAAUUUUAUCGCUCGCGAUGUUUACGCCGCUCGAAUGUCCCUUUCAUACCCCCGGAGACUAUCGCCAGGGGUAUUCAGAAUCUCAUCUCGCAAGCGAAGGGCCUACGCAUGGUCGAGAACUGGCUUCUUCUUGGAGUCGUGGCUGAAAGGUUCGGGCUCUCCAAUGUCCGGAAAGAUGUUGAGAAUACGAUCGUCAUGUCUUGCCGAGGUGACGGUUCAAGCAUCAUUGACAGAGCUCGUCGGGUUUCUACACCCGGACAAUGGGCAUCGCUCCAAAGCCUUGGCUUCAUGGAUGAGCGACUGUGGCUUGACCGAGGUGUGCGAAUAGAUCGAAUUUUCGACACUCUCCGACUGCUCAUUGAGCAGGUGAUCAACUUUGAGGCUGGCAUUCUCCCAAACGAGAGUCUUUUCAACACCUGGAGUGACAACAAUAUCGCACCCUGUGGAGAAUGUAGGCCGCUGCCCAUGAACACACUCAUACGUGCGCUCAUGGCAGAGCGAUUAUGGCCCUUGUCUGCCAAGUCCUAUCAAGGGAGUGUCAAUGACCUCCUUGAGGCACUUGAAGUAGCAGGAAGAAGCCUAGGAAUCCAUGAGUUUGGAGGCUCAUGUAAUCCAUACUCCCAUUUCUUGGGAAAUUGGAUCUUUUACUUUACCGGAGAGGUCCACGCCUAGUCCAAUACUACUCUGUAGACGCUACGAACAAGGAGAAAUUGGUGAAUUGGGAGGCGGCUUGUACACGGAAUGUGGAAAGGGAGAAG